GUGUCCCGAGACUCUCAAAGUAAAUACCAAUCGCACGGAGACGAAGCAAGGAAGUGCAUUUUCUCCUUGUCUUCGGCUUCAAGAGCUUUCGUCAUUUAGAUCUGGUUUUUGUAUACUAAUGGCGGAAUUCACUAACAUGCUGAUGAAUCCAUGGGUUCUUCAUCUCCAGAAGCUCGAGCUCGAGCUCAAGUGCCCUCUAUGCUUGAAAUUGCUUAAUCGACCGGUGUUGCUUCCUUGCGACCACGUCUUCUGCGAUUCAUGUGUACACAAAUCGUCGCAAGUCGAAACAGGUUGUCCUGUCUGUAAAUCUAAACAUUCCAAAAAGUCUCGGAGGAAUCUUCAAUUCAUGGAGAGUGUUAUAAGCAUAUACAAAAGCUUGAAUGCAGCUGUUAGUGUUCAUCUCCCACAGUUACAGAUUCCCAAUGACUGCAACUACAAGAGCGAUGCCCUGAACAAUUCCAACAGCCCUAAACACGACGGAUCUGAAGAUUCUGAGAUGACUGAUAAGGAUGUGAGCAAGCGCAGUGGUGGUACUGAUUCCUCUAGUCGUGAUGGUUCUCCUCUUCCAACCUCAGAAGAAAGCGAUCCAAGACCUAAACAUCAGGAUUGGACUGAAAAGCAGUUGCGGGAUCAUCUCUUAUUAUAUGAGUUUGAAUCAGAGAAUGAUGCUGGCAAUCACACACCAGAAAGUCAUAUAGGACAAGCUGCAAAAAAUCUGAGGGACAUCACUGCUUCUGAGCAGCCUGCCAAUGCUGCAAGGAAGCGGAUUUGUGGCGAUUCCUUUACCCAGGAAAGCAAUCCUAAACCUAAGACUCAGGAUCAGACUUUGCUGCGGUUGAUGGAGAGCCUCCGGUCAGAUGAUCCAACUGAUUAUGUAAAAGCACACAAACAUCAGCAGUUACCCAAGAGUCAUGCAGAACAAGAUACUAAAAGGAAGCGUGACAUCACCGCUUCUGAAGCAAUGGAAAAUCAUCUGAAAGUUCCUAAGAGGGAGAAGAACCUGAUGCAAAAAGCUGCUGAUAUUGACUUCAAUGAUAAAUGCUCUGCAAACUCUGAUGAUCAACUAACUGAGAAAAUCUCCAAGGCAUCAGAUCAACCAUCAUCCAACAUAACCAUUUGUGGAUUCUGCCAAUCAGCUAGGGUAUCUGAGGCCACUGGAGAAAUGCUGCAUUACUCUAGGGGAAGACCGGUGGUUGGAGAUGACAUUUUCUGCUCUAAUGUUAUCCAUGUCCAUAGUGCAUGUAUUGAAUGGGCACCGCAAGUUUACUAUGAAGGUGACACAGUGAAGAACCUGAAAGCAGAACUGGCAAGGGGGAUGAAAAUCAAGUGCACUAAAUGUAGUCUGAAAGGAGCUGCCUUGGGCUGCUAUGUCAAGUCUUGCCGCCGAAGCUAUCAUGUUCCAUGUGCAAGGGAGAUUUCCAGAUGCCGUUGGGAUUAUGAAGACUUUCUACUACUCUGUCCAGCUCAUUCUUCUGUCAAAUUCCCAAACGAGAAGUCUGGACAUCGCGUAUCCAGAGCUGAGCCCUUACCAAAAACAAAUCCUGCUGAGCUAUGUUCUUUGGAAAAAACACCAGCUAUUACAAAAGAGCUCGUUCUCUGUGGAUCAGCACUCUCUAAAAGUGAUAAGAACCUGAUGGAAAGUUUAGCUGUUAAAUUCAAUGCAACCAUAUCAAGGUACUGGAAUCCAAGUGUUACACAUGUGAUUGCUUCUACAGACGAAAAAGGAGCAUGCACAAGAACUUUGAAGGUUCUUAUGGGUAUUCUCAAUGGAAAAUGGAUUAUCAAUGCAGAUUGGAUGAAAGCAAGCCUUGAAGCUUCUCAACCUGUUGAUGAGGAACCAUUUGAGAUUCAAAUUGAUACUCAAGGAUCUCAAGAUGGACCAAAAACCGCAAGACUCAGAGCAGAAACUAAUAAACCAAAGCUCUUUGAUGGCUUGAAGUUCUAUUUCUUUGGAGAUUUCGAUAAAGGAUACAAAGAAGACCUUAAGAAUCUAGCAAAAGUAGCUGGUGGUACGAUCUUGAACACAGAGGAUGAGCUUGGUGCAGAAAGCAGCAACAAUGUCAAUGACCAAAGAUCAUCAUCGAUUGUGGUUUACAACAUUGAUCCUCCACUUGGAUGUGCCUUAGGUGAAGAAGUCACGAUUAUUUGGCAACGAGCUAAUGACGCAGAAGCUUUAGCUAGCCAAACUGGGUCUCGUCUCGUUGGUCACACAUGGCUCUUGGCGUCCAUUGCUGGUUACAAGUUACAUCCUAAACUCGCUGCGGAAUCUGAUACAGUCCACACUGUUGACGAAAUCCCGAAAUCGUCUGUGAUUCCAAUUACUGAGAUUUGUGACGAGGCUGAAGAGAAAUGCAGUCCAAGCGCUAUUACUAGGAAGAGAGUCACUUUUGACUCCAAAGUCAAAACCUAUGAACACGUUGUUUCAGAAGAAUCUGUUGAACUCUCAGAAGAGAAGAACGAAGAGGUUGAAUCCGAAAAGAGGUCAUUGAAGUCAAGCAAGACUGAUGAUCAGUCUUCUUCUGAGAUCAUUGAGGUUGCCUCAAACUCCUCAGGGUCGUAUCCUUCAAACCACAGAUACAAGAAUUGCAGAGAAAGUGAUGAUGACAUAGAGGAGGAUGAGUUUGACUGCAGUGACAGCGAUCUAGAUGAAGAUGAAGAGUAUUACAGUGAUAUUGGAUUUAGUGAGGAUAGCUUGCAUAUCCCAACCAAAAAAGUUUAUACUGAAGAGAUUGGGGAUAAAACAGAGGAGACUGAUGCAAAGCUGAAAAGGUCAAACGAGAGUGUUAGAGAUGGAGUCCACUAUGAUGGCCAAGGAGUACUUAACCCGGUUGAGAAUCUCACUCAGUGGAAAUCCGCUAAAUCCAAAGGGCGAACAAUGCAGAAACAGUCUCAAAAGGAGAACUCUAAAUUCAUUGCAGAUCAAGAAGAAAGAAGGGAUUCCUCUUCUUUUGGCACAGACUCUCAGAUUGAUGAUAUAACACUCAGCUUCAAACCAAAAUGCAGAAUUGAACCCAAGAAACUGAGAAACCAAGAACUGGCCGUUGAUGCUAGCCUUUCCACAUGGUUGUCAACAUCUGAGUCAGGUAGCGAAUGCAACAGCGUCUCUAGGUAUACCUCUACACCCGAGAAACACAAGUCUAGCUGCUACUCAAAACCGGUUAAAAUCAACCAUGACGAUAGACCUGUACUAUGCGCAUUGACAUUGGAGGAUAUCAAACAGUUCUCGGCUACAUCUACGCCAAGGAAAUCACCGAGCAAAAGCCCUGAUGAGACACCUAUUAUAGGCACAGUUGGUGGUUACUGGGGUAAUCACUCAAAGGCAAUAGAUUGCGGCUCUGCAUCUUCAUUCAAGGGAAUACCAAACACCAGCAGCAAGUACAGAGAGGAUAAGAGCGUAAAUUGGCAUUCAACUCCAUUUGAAGCAAGACUGGAGAAAGCUUUGAACAACAUAGACAAAUAAUGGUGCUGCACUCAUUCAUUGGGUGAUAAUGUGUGAUUUUGAUUUCUCUCUGUUACAUAUAACCAUUCUAUUUGUUUGUUCUUUGUUAUCAAUACGGCUCUUAAUAUAAAAAUGACACAGAA